UAGAAUUAUUACUUGUCAGUGUCCUCUCUCUCCUCACGUGGAAUGCAUCACAGGACCCAAAUCCCGCAGGUCUGAGGCUCGAAUCGAAUUUAGGACCAUGCCGAUGCAGGCCACCUCACUUUGUCUAGCAGCCAAGGUUCCGGUUUGCGUUAAGUCGCAGCACACAAAUCCGACCAAGUUCAAAGAUCUCAGCUCCAUGGCCGAGGCUGCUGCUCCGAAGUGGGCUCAGAAGACCAUCACUCUGACUCCCCACAAUCGCGGCUGUCAUCUCAUCACUUCUAAGAUCUUAAAAGAAAUUGAGAAUGACUUGUCUGGAUUCAAGUGUGGCCUUGCACAUCUCUUCUUGCAACACACUAGUGCUUCUCUUACCAUCAAUGAAAAUUAUGACUCUGAUGUUCGUGCUGAUACAGAAAGGUUUCUCAAUAUUGUGGUUCCUGAGGGACCAUCUGCGCCUUGGAAGCAUACGUUAGAGGGCCCAGAUGACAUGCCGGCACAUAUCAAAUCAUCAAUGUUUGGUUCCACACUCACGAUACCAAUUACAAACGGAAAGCUAAACAUGGGGACAUGGCAGGGCAUAUGGCUUUGUGAGCAUCGGGAUUAUCCUACUUCACGCAAAGUUGUCGUCACUCUGAAUGGAAUAUGAGGCUCUGAGAUAUGUUUUCCUUCACCUGCUGUAUCAGUGGCAAGGACAAAACCUGAAGAUAUAUAGCAGAUUGUGUGGAUUACUUUUACCUUUUAUUCUUUUGAACCAAAUACUUUUACCCUACUUCGGAUACGGCUUGAAUUCAGUGAUGCCGCAUAUCAAAUUGAUCGUGGGAGUACAUGUCAUGUCAGAGCAUUCCGUAAAGGUUUAAACUUGUGAUUGGGUAUCGAGAGGAAUCUCAAAUGGUUUUGUUUUUAAUAUUCCUUUGACUUGUAUAAGCAGUAAAAAAUCUUGGCAAACAUAUUGGGGAGGCAAUCAGAUGAGUUCCCAUCCAUAAAAACCUGAACCUAAACCUCAGUCCUCGGACCUACAUGUAGUUUUUAGCAUUUUUAAAACUAAAAAUAAUUGUAAUAUUUGUUCUGUCUA